CCAACAGCUGCCCCCCCACCCCACGCUUCCCCAGUGUCCUGGUUCCACCUUGCAGCUUGAGGGCCUCAGGGAGGGCACUGCCUGAAUUCUGGGUGCCCCUGUCCCCCACCACAGGAGCUGCUGAUGGCGCACGACUUCACCAAGUUUCACUCGCUGAAGCCGAAGCUGCUGGAGGCGCUGGAUGAGAUGCUGACACACGACAUUGCCAAGCUGAUGCCCCUGCUGCGGCAGGAGGAGCUGGAGAGCACGGAGGUGGGCGUGCAGGGGGGCGCUUUCGAGGGCACCCACAUGGGCCCGUUCGUGGAGAGGGGGCCCGACGAGGCCAUGGAGGACGGCGAGGAGGGCUCGGACGACGAGGCCGAGUGGGUGGUCACCAAGGACAAGUCCAAGUACGACGAGAUCUUCUACAACCUGGCGCCUGCCGACGGCAAGCUGAGCGGCUCCAAGGCCAAGACCUGGAUGGUGGGGACCAAGCUCCCCAACUCGGUGCUGGGGCGCAUCUGGAAGCUGAGCGACGUCGACCGUGACGGCAUGCUGGAUGACGAGGAGUUCGCGCUGGCCAGCCACCUCAUCGAGGCCAAGCUGGAGGGCCACGGGCUGCCCACCAACCUGCCCCGUCGCCUGGUGCCACCCUCCAAGCGGCGCCACAAAGGCUCUGCUGAGUGAGCCAGUGCACACCCCCAUGGCCCCGCUGUGGCUUCCCAGCUCCAGUCGGCCGCAUGCACACCCUUGCCCUGGCUCACACAUGCCCUCCCUGCCCUCCCUGCCCAGCUGUAAGGACCGGGGGGUCUCCCUCCCCACUACCGCCAGGCACCCCGGUGGAAGCAUUUAGAGGGGACCACGGGAGGGACAAGACUUCUCUGUCCGCCCUUCACACCUCCAGCCUCACGUUCACUUAGGCACAUCACACAGACACUAGCAUGCACAGACAUCCAUUCAUCCGUUAUUCAUUCAGAUAUUUAUUGAGCACCUACUAUGUGCCCAGCCCUGUUCUAGGCACCGGGCAUUACCAUAGAGAACAAAAUAGACAAAUACGUGUGCCCUUGUGGAAGCUGACAUUCCCAGGAGAGGGCGCCCACACCGUCACAAAAACACACACUCAUUCCUAGCAGGACCCCAGCCCCACCCCUAGGGGAGCAGCCCCAUGGUUGAAAUGACUAACA